AUGUCCUCAUCUCCAACCCCCAACCCAUGGUCAACCAACCCAACACACACCGGCUUCAUCCCCGUAACAAAAAUCCACUCCCUCCACGCCACCAUCUCCGGACCCCUCCGGACCCCAAAAACCUCCCUCACAAUCAUCAUUCCCGGCGUCGGCGCAACAGCCACAGAAUGGAGUGCAGUCCAGCGACAGCUCUCCCAAGAAACGCGGUGUCUCUUAUACUCCCGAUCAGGCCACGGGCCAAGCUCCUCGCUUGCAGGUCCAAUAACAGCCGUCUCCAUCGCCUCCGAACUCAUUGCUCUCUUAGAAGCCGCAGAUCUACCGGGUCCUUAUAUAUUGAUCGCACACUCCUGGGGCGGCAUCAUCGCGCGGGAGUUUUUGCAUUUGCGGAAUGAGGAGGUAGGGGGGAUAGUAUUCGUCGACGCGAACCAGGAGUUGAAUACCACGCUCGAUCAAUGGUGUUCACCAUUCGUGUUCGCGAUGUGGAAAGACGUUGGUAUCUACGACGUCACAGGUAUCCGCUCGCAUACCUCCCUCUUAGCAUCCGAAUGGGACGCCUUCCAAUCUGAGGUUCAAACGCCCAAGUAUGCCCUCGUGACGGCGCAGGAGAUGGCAGCUUACCGUCCCAGCGGACCUGUUCUCGCUGCGAAGAGGCAAUUGGAAGCUGAAGAGCCGGUUAUGGGAAAUAGACCCGUUAGUGUAGUUAAGGGGAACUCGUUGAGGGAUUUUAAAGUUGUUUAUGAGGCGGGGUUGGCGCGGGGGAAUGGGACGGUGGAGGAGAGGAGGUUGUAUGAGGAGUUUAUUGAGCCGGUUAGCAGGGAGGUGAGGGAUCAGGGGUGGCAGAGGGGGAAUUUGAGGUUAAGUGGGAAUGGGAGGUUUGUGAGGACGAGGGGACAAUGGACGGGGCAUAAUGUUCAUUUGACGGAGCCUGAGAUUAUUGUUGAGGAGGUGAGGUGGUUAUUGGGGGAGUUGACGGAUGUUUUGAGUGGGAGUAAUGGGAGUAAGGUAUUGGGUUAG